AUCCAGUUCAGAUACAACCCGAGCGUCCGAAAACAAGACAUUCUUACUUUCGUUUUCGCCGAGGCGAAGUUUGGACGAAUAUACAGUAACUUUAUCAGUACAGAGACAAACUGAAGUUGACACCAUGAAGACAUUUGUCGUCGCAUUUCUCGUCGGAAUGCUCUGCUUUUCCGCUUCAAUGGCCAAGACAUCUCCCCCCAAGGUUGCUGUGUACAGCCGACUACCAGGACAGAACCUGAAGGAAAACACCUUAGUCUGUCACGUGACCGGCUUCCACCCGCCAGAAGUCCGCAUCGAGCUGCUGAGGAACGACCAGGUGCUCCCCGGUGGCCACCAGACGGACCUGGCCUUCGAGGAGAACUGGCACUACCACCUCACCAAGCACGCUCCCUUCACCCCGAACGGAAAAGACACAUUCUACUGCAGAGUGACUCACAUGGGGAAGACCAAGAUAUAUACCUGGGAACCCGAUAUGUAAGCUCUACGCAUUGCCUGCUCCAGGUCUGCCAAGCGUCAAGGAGAUGAAUCUUGGAAUGAUUGGUCUAUAUCAUGGGCUUUCAUGUCGGAAGAAUUAGAGAAAGGAUUGCACUUAAUAUUGCACUUUGAUUCAGAAAUAACAUGUAAAAAUAUAGCUUCGUUAAAGAGUAACUAAACCCCAAACCCUGUUUUCAACAAAAAAACAACGUAUAUUGGUAUUGUUGUCAAUUCAUUCAGGUCCAAAUGUAGGCAUUUUAUCCAAAGAUUGAGGAUUCUACAUAUUGUGUCAAGCCCAGUCGUUAAUGUGGUUGUUUUUAAAAAAUAAAUUUUACCUUUCCAGGGUAGAGAUACUUCAUCCAAAAUGAUGUUACUCUUUAAGUAUUUGCUGAUCACUAGAAUUGGAAGGAAGAGAUCCUAUCAAUAUAUAAGGUAUAGGAUAAAGUUAUCACAGGGUUAAAAGACAUGGAUAUAUUAUGAAAUCAGUUUUUCAUUACAUUGAAUGAUGGAUUUUGGCAUCUGCUGAAGUGUCCUGUCAGCUUUGAGCCCACAAAACAAAUUAACAAGAACAUUUGACCGAUAUGAAAAAUAUUGCUCCAUGGAGCUUUGAGGAAGCUUAUACACUGGCGAAUAGAGAUGUUAAUGCUUUGCAUUCCUGUGUGCGUUUGAUGCUUGAGCUGUAGUGGCUAAAAGACUGUCAUCUUAACUGUUUCCAUUCAUUUAAAUGUUAAUCAAAGUGCUCUUUAAUUUUCUUGUACACAUGAUCUAAUGAAGUAGAGGAUUUAACUUCAAUAGAGCUACAUGACUGCAAAAUCUUCUUUAUGCUGUCUCUGAAGUUUAUAAUAGCAGGUCUCAGUUUGACAUAUUGGGCUCCGAUUUACUUUGCAAAUGUAUUUCAUACAGUAUGAUCGGGUAAUAAAGGUGUAUUACACUU